AUGUGCAUUGUCUCCAUUUCAACGUCGAAGACUGUAAACACAACAGACAACAUUAUCAACAAUAGUAGCAAAUCUCCAGAAACCAAACCCGAAGAGAGAGACCCUUUCGAUUCUGUCUUUGAAACCAAUACAAGAUAUCCUUUUAUAUUAAUUUCGAAUCGAGACGAAGAAUUUGAUCGCCCAACACACAGCGAUUUUCAACUCGUUGCGAACUCUAUUUUAUGUGUCACUGAUUUGGUAUAUGGCAAUACAUGGCUUGGUGUGAAUAUACAUACUGGAUGCAUGGCCAUUUUAACGAAUGUGGAUGACGAUUAUUCGGAGCAACUUCCAACAUUAGAACUCUACAAGAAGAAAGAGACUUGUGGCUCAAAACUUUUGCUCAACCAUUCUGCAAAUAAUUGUGAUGGUCCUACCAUGGGAGGUCAUGAACCAAAAACUAGAAAGGUCAUAAGAAGUCGUCUCUUACUUGAUUUACUAUUGGAAAAGUCACUUGAUACCUUGAACAACAACAACAACCACUUGGAUUUCAUUGAACACGUGAAAAAACAUGAACAUGAGUGGCUUCAAACAAAAGGAUUUAUUGUGCUCUGUGGAAAUUUGUUUUCAUACUUUGAAGGCUCCACUCCUUCCGAUUUGGUCUAUUUCACAAAUCGAAAGUUCAACAGAGAUGAGCAUGGGAAGCCACUCUCACAAUGGCCUGAAAAAUUGACUAAACAAUUACAUAUUGAACUACUUCCGAAUGGUGAUACUUACUGUGCUUCUAAUUCAUUUCUUAAUGAUCACUUGUGGCAAAAAGUGAAAGUACUACGAGAAAGAAUGCAUGAAUGUUUUAAAGAAGUGAAUAAUAAGCAGAGUCCUCAAGAUCUAGUUACAAAAUUUAGCAAGUUGUUAAAUAUUCGAAAUAUUAAUGAGUACCACGACAAUUCCAUAUCAAUCAACGAUAUCGACAAGUUUACUGAUGAAUACAUGAAGAAACAUCAAUUUGAAUCCGAGCCCGUGGCGCUCAUCCAAGAAUUCAAACAGAAAUAUCAAAUUUCGCCCUUUAGCAAGUCUUGUACCACCACCUAUCCACUAACUCAAAUUAACUUGAAUAAUUCACAAUUUCUUGCAGAGAGAAAGAUCGACAUUCACCUCUAUGACAGAAGUACGAUCAAUGACAUUUUUGUGCAUUACCAAAGCAAGUUCACGAAUUGGAAAACCAAAUCUCAAUCCAUCAUAAUUGUAGACAGAUUUGAGAAAAAGAUUCAUUGCUUCUUCAGGGAUGUUAACGAUCUGAGGUACAUUAGUGAUGAAUUGAAUUCAUCACUUCCCUGGAGAUCAAAACACAUUGAAUUCUGUCAUUAA